UAUAUAUAUUAUAUAUAUAUGUAUAUAUAAUAUUUUUAUUAUUUAGCAUGUUUACAUACCGCUAAUUGUUUUGACGAGAAAUUUGAUACAGGUUAAUAGUGGACGUUUGUCAUAACUCAUUUGCGCAGUUCUUAUUUACAAACAUAAAUCUUGUUAAUUAAUUUCACAAUAAAUUGACAAAGCAAAUAUCUGACAUGAAUAAAAGAGAAUCAAGAUCAAUAGGAAAAUGACGGAAACCUUGUGUAUAAAUUUUAUUAUCGAAUACACGAAUAUAUGGUAUUUUUUCUCUCUUUCUUUUCUCUCUCUCUCUCUCUCUCUCUCUCUCUCUCUCUCUCUCUCUCUUUCUCUUUCUCUUUCUCUCUCUUUUGGUUCAAUGAACGUCGGAAUGUUUUUCAAGUUGUAGGAGUGGCUUCAAACACGAUCUUAUAACGCGAGGAGAUGAAUGGCAUCAAUUCAUGAAUCAUUUUUCGCGUCGCGAAUCCUCCUGUUUCACUAUAAUUCAAUACAACGAAAAAGGAGAUAUUAUUUCGGGAAUAUUCCUCUGCAAUUAUCCUAAUAUUCCAUCGAUUCCAAAACAAGAAUGGUUCCAUUGUUUAAAAAUGCAUUAUAGCAUCGACGAUGUUAUAGAAAAUGGAACGUUCUUUAUUCAUUGUCUCGUUUGGGACGAUCGUUAUACUGAAAAUUUCUUCGAAUCUCUUCUUGUUGCUCUAUUUGACAUGGAUAUCCACUGUUUUCACGUUAUUCUUGUGCUUCCACCUCAGAUCGAACCAGAAAAUUCUUUCGCAGAUUACAUGAUCAGGAUAGCUCCAAUUAAUUUCAAGGAUACGUUUAUGGUACAAGCUUUGUAUAUAUGUAUGCGAUACAAUAUCAUUCCAAGAUUAAAAAUUCGUCGUGCUGUGGAGGAAGAUAAUGACGACAUAAUACCGAUAAUCGACGCAGACUCGUCCUAUGUGAAAGAAUUUUACGGGGAGUAUUACAUAAGCGAAAUGACACGUUAUCCGGACGGUCACCGUCAGUUAAUCGUUUCUGAGGACGACAAUGGUUUAGCUACUGGAGUGAUCUGCGUUAAUUCGACGAUCGACGUCGAUCUGUUAAAUGAGAAUUUUGAAUUGACUCUUUAUGAUGGACUGAGGAAACCACAUGAAACAGAUCAGGAUUUGAAGAUAUCAAAAAGUCCAAGCGAGGUUUUCUUUACAACUUUUUCUGGAACAUUGCAGGACACCUUCUUGUUAGUCGAUAUAGACAACUCGAAAUAUGAGCAAAAAUCAAAUGCAAUCGUUGAGGAAAAACUUGAGAUUGAAACGACUUCCGAGAAUGAUGAAACUAGUUUGAAAACUGAAAAAUUUAUUGAUAAAGAAAUAAAUGCGGAAGAUCAAACGGAUGAUACCGAACUUGAAGAAACUUAUAAACAAAAGAAACCUUUUCCUAUAGCAAAAAAACGCGUUCGUAUCGAUAGUACUAUUUAUGAAGAAAAAAUAAUUAGAGUACGUUCGCUUGAGUACAUAACUCUUCAUUUUAUUUUCAAUGUCAAUCAAUAUACCUGUCCUUUAUAUCUUCAGUUUAAAGAAGAAAAUUCGGAAAAUGUUAAUGAAAUCCGAUCAUCAUUACGUAAAACUUCAAUGAAAGAAGAAACUUCUUAUCAAGAAUCGAAGGAAGAAGAUCUCGAUCAAGAUGAUAGAUCAUCGGUUUCUGAUCAGUUUAAUAUUAACGAAUUCGAAGAUGCGAUAUUUGAAGUACCAAAGAUAUAUCCGGCAACAUCAUUGAAUGUCGUCGAAUUAGAACCGUCUGAUAUGAAACAAGAUAUUUUGACGAGUCGCAUUUAUCAAGGCGAAGUUAAUGCGUUCGUUGUAGAGAUUUUUGCGGUACGAGAAGAUAUUGGUAAUCGUGGAACGCGAGAAUUUUUGGAAGCUGCUUUUGAAUGUUUCCCUGAUUUAGAUUACUGUGUAUUACUUUUACCAUCAACUUAUUCAUACUUUUCCUUUUUGGAACUAUUCGUGCGAGUACCAUUGAGAUAUAACAAAGACUUUCCUAUGUCUUUGUACGUGGCUCACAAGGCAAUACUUUUCAGAGAAAUUAAAUCUCACAAAGGUGAUUUAUGCGAUAUAACUGAAAUAAAACAAUUUUUAAUUAAUAUUCCACGAAGCAAAAAAAUAAUGGAAGAUUUUAAUCGAAGUGUAAAUCAAACUAAUAACAAUGUUUAUAGUUAUAUUUUCACAUCUGGUAAUACGAUUAUUGGCUUGGCUAUUGUCUGCAUUGAGAAGGAUCACCAAGAGAUCAAAAAGCAUUAUCACGUAGACGACUUUAUUGUGAGACAAUAUAUUUGUCACGAAGCUUAUGGUUGCCUCUUACAUUUUGUUCUAAUGCCAAUAUUUUCGAUAAAUCAGAAAUUCUUUUUUUACGAGAUCAUGCGACUAUGCGACUUGACGGUUCUUUAUUAUCGUCUCUACGAGGAAGAAGGAAGUUCACUCGCUCGAACUAAGCCAAUAGUUUCUUGUUUAAAAACUAUGGUACCAGUGAAUCCACGUAGAAGAAUAGAAUACGAAUUUUGUUCUUGCCCCGAGACUAAUGAAAUUAAACUUAAACAGAAUAAAGACAAAGUAUUUUCACUUUUUAUGACAACGCCAAGAAUCGCCACGAUACCAAAUCGCAUCAUUGAUACGAAGAUAGUUGUCGUAGGUGCUUCCGAUUGUGGCACAGCUUUGGUCGAAUUUUUAGCAUUAGGGUAUCUACAAAAUUUUGUCCACUUUACAAAUCUCACUUUGAUUUCACCGAAUGGAUUACCAUAUGAAAGGAAACAUACUGAUGUUAAGUGGGAUAUGAUCCCAUUUAAGGGAAGAUAUUGUCGUAAUUAUCAGUUCCUUAUCACAAGACGUGCUUGGAUCAAUGUCGUUUACGGAAAAUUGUUAGCGAUUAAUAGGAAGGAUAAAUACGUGACUGUAAUGGAUCAAGGAAACUUGAGUUACGACUUUCUGAUUUUAACUAGCGGUCUUCAAUACCAAACGACAUUGUUCAGAGAUAAGAAAAUUGAUGAAGACAAAAAAGCUGAUAUAAAAUCAAAUCAAAUAAUUUGGAAUAGUUUAACUAUAAACGAUGAUACUGAUGCAUUCUUUUCAUUAAAAAAAAUUCAAUCUGAAACAAAUGAUUUCAAAGAGAAAAAAGCCAUUGUAUUUUAUGGACACAACAUCGAUUGUUAUUGCGCUAUUCAUGGGUUGAUGAAACAUGGAAUAAAAGGUUCUUGGAUCACUUUGAUCGAGCCUAAAUUAAAUCUAUGUGACAAUCAGAUUAAUUUUUUUCGUAACUGUGAAGUGAACACAGCCAUAAAGAAUUCUAUUUUGGAGAAUGAAAUAAACCUUCUCUUAGGAUGGAAUAUAAUUAAUUGGACUUUGUUAGAGGAAUAUCAAGAUGUUAAAAGAAUCGAAUCAGUUACUAUAAGAUCAGGAAUUAAUAUCAAGAUCAUUCCUUGUGACUUUUUUUUCAAUUUUUAUGAGAAAGAGAUUGAUAUCAAUUCUUUUUUAGCAAUUUGUCGUGCUGGUUUAGUAUUCGAUGGACGUGUAGUGAUAGAUCCUCAAUUUCGUACAAACGAUCCAUUUGUAUUCGCAGCUGGAAGCAUAACCAAAUACUCGAGAAAAUUUCAAGCCAAAUUUUUCGAGCAUAAUCAUUAUAAUAGUAUAGAGAUUGGUGAAAAACUUGGUAAAAUUAUUCGCAAAGUAGUAGACGUCUAUCAAGAAUCUAAGGGAAGAUACAAUAACUUCGACAGAAGUAAAUCGUGCUUGUUAUUACCAGAAUUUCGAUCACCAAUCAUUGUAUCCUGCAUGUUACCUGGUAACUUUCAUUAUCUUCACGUCGAUAAACCUGGACAGAAAUUGUCUCGUGAUGUCGUUGUAAAACAAUCUCUUUACGGCGAUGUCAUGGUGACAGGUAAUUGCUUAUCCGAAAUUGGUUACUUCCGAUUACAUAUAAAUACUCGGAAUGUCGUAGAAUCAAUCACUUGUUGCAGUAAAAAGGAUUUCGAAAUAGAUCACUUGAUCACUUUGUAUGGAAAACACGACAGUAUGUUAAACGAAGUUAAAUAUCGUUUCAGAAAUUCCCUUAUCGUGGACUUUUAUUCAUAUUUCCGGGAGCCAUGGGCCAUGGCACUGUUUUACGACAGAUUCGAAUGUUUGCGAGUCGAAAAUCGUGCCACUUUGUUAUCCAGAACGAGUGCUUCCGGUAAUUCCUUAGUCGAAGAUUGCUUGCGUGCUUUGUUAAGAUCCGAAGGGGAAGAGAUAUCAGAAAAGGAUCGUGAUUUAAUAAGAAAGAAAUAUAUUGGAUCUGUCUAUCAGCAAGAAAUAGAAAAUAGUGUAGUAGAUUUUCUACAAUUUUCGGAAGAAGAUUUACCUAUUUAUUGUACACCUUAUUUUAUGCGAUGGUUGUAUCACGAUAUCACAUCUAGUCCAUUAUUUUGUGACGAAUGAAGUAAUAUUGUAUUCAACAAUAUAUACACAGACAUAUACAUACAUAUGUAUUUAUGAAUAUCGUCAAGAUAGUAUUGAAUUAAGGUUCGAAUCUCGCUGGCACAAGCUUGCAUACAUUUUUCUGAUUUACGAUAAAAGUGUCCUCGUUCAAAGAGUCCAAGUACGCUUGUUUAGCAUGCUAUCCGAUCUGUAGGUCAAGUUUAAAAUGCUGUAGAAUUGUUCUAUAGGUUGUUUUAUAGGCAUUUCACCGCAAUGUCACAGCGCCCACGCUAAACGACAGAAUAAUAAACGCACACAAGAUGUUUCUAUGAGAGUAUCAUUAGUGUUGUGAUAUUGUCAUUCAUCGUUGUCUCGAUUGUUGUUGUUUGGAUAACCUUUCCGUCUAUGUCUUCUUU